AAAGCUGUGUUGCUAGGAGAGAGAAAGAGAGAGAGAGAGAGAGAGAGAGACCCCACUGCGAAUCUACAUUAACACGUCUGGCAGUGACGCUCAGCCUAGAACAGCGAGAGGACGACACUUCUCGCUAUCACUGGAAGCCGCUCCAGAAUGGAGAUCCUGUACGCCCUCGUGGCUUUGGCAGCGCUGUCAGCAGGUGUCAGCGCCGCCCCCGUGGUGUCGCUGCCCGACGGCCGUGUGUCUGGCGUGAACGAGCGGUCGGCGAAAGGACGGGAUUUUUUCGCGUAUUACGGCAUUCCUUACGCCAAGCCUCCUCUGGACAAGCUCAAGCUCAAGGAUCCCGUGCGGGCAGACAAGUGGGUGGGCACGAGGGACGGGUCCAAGAUGCCCCCGCCCUGUGUCCAAGUGCCCGUCGACCACGUGCUCCUGGGCCUCCCUAUCACGCUCGACGACAUUGUGGGAGAAGAGGACUGUCUCUAUCUCAACGUCUUCACGCCUAAGAAGAAGAAACCCGACGAAAAGCUUCCGGUGAUGGUGUACAUCCACGGCGGCGCCUUCUUCGUCGGCGGCGCCCACGAGUACCUGCCGCACGUCCUCAUGAACCACGACAUAGUGCUGGUUGUGAUCCAAUACAGACUGGGAACUCUAGGUUUCAUGUCGACGGAGGACAUGGUCAUGCCUGGCAACUUCGGCAUGAAGGACCAGGUCAUGGCCCUCCGCUGGGUGCAGGAGAACAUCCACAGCUUCGGGGGCGACGCCGACAGGGUCACCAUCUUCGGGGAGAGCGCGGGCGGCGCCUCCGUCCACCUCCACGUGCUGUCGCCCAUGUCCAAAGGCUUGUUCGCCCGCGCCAUCCUGCAGUCGGGGUCGGCUCUCGCUCCGUGGGCAGUGGGCGAGAAGUUCCGCCAGGGGGCCUUCCUCACCAGCCGCGUCGUCCGCUGCCCCAAGUGCAUCCUCACGAAGGACGUCACCUUCUGCAUGCAGCUCACCGACGGCAAGGAAGUGGCGUCGGCCGUGAAGAACUUCACGGAGUGGUUCAUCUUCCCCGUGCGGAUGGUCCCCCGCGUGGACGGCGACUUCCUCCCCGACGAGCCAGCGACCCUCAUGCGGCGAGGGAAGUACAACCGCGUCGACAUCAUGGCCGGAGUCACGAGGGACGAAGGGGGGAUGGUUACCUAUCCUCUGUUCUCGGGAGAAAGCAUGGUGCGCGCCCUCGAGGAGAACUUCACCCACUUCGGCCCCGUCAGCUUAGGCUUCCAGGAUGAGGAGGACCCCGUCGCUCUGGCCACGAGGGUAUACAAGCACUACUUGGGGGACAUUGUGUUCGACGAACAGCAUAGUGACCAGCUGACUCGGGCCUACAGCGACGUGCAUUUCAACCUGCCACACGACCUCACCUCCCAGAUCUUCGCUAGAGACCCUGGCACCAAAAUCUACCGCUACGAGCUAAAACACCGAUCGCAACUCUCCUUCGGUGACAUCUACGACAUGUCUUUAGGGAAAAACUGGAUCACCCACGCCGAUGACCUGUACUACCUGUUCCGAGGCGGCCCCCUCUUCGCGCCCGACUCCCCCCCCGACAGGCCGGGGGACCUCCAGGACGAGGACGACCUCAGGCUCAGGGACAUCAUCACCGCCAUGUGGACCAACUUCGCCGCCACGGGGAACCCGACGCCCGACGACUCCCUGGGCUUCACGUGGGAGGCGGCGACGGAGAGCAACUUCCGGCACCUCGCCCUCAAGCCCUCGCCCGAGAUGGAGGACGACCAGCGGCAGGAGAUUCGCCGUUUCCUGACGUCGCUGCCCACCAGAGUCAACCGGCUGCUCCGCCCCGACCGCAUCCCGCAGGAGGAGGAGGACGACCCGACGACGCGAGCCACGCAGGACGAGUUGUGACGUCAUCGGCCGCGUCACCGUCGGCGGUUAUUUUCACAGUGAUUUUUUAGAUCGAGAGUUUUUAGAUCGAUUGGUUGUGCAAUAAUGAAUUAUCAUUUCUCUUUUUCGUAUUGAUGAUUAAUGAUGAUUGUUUUUUUUUCAUAAUUCUUUCUUUCUUUUUUUUAUUUUUAUCUUUUCCAAUGGUUUCAUUAUUUACAUUGGUUAUUUUCACAUUUACAUCAUAUUAAAGAUACUAUUUACUUUAAUACGAUGUUAUAGACGCUAAAAAAAAAACAAGAAAAAUACAUGAAAUAUGAACACAAAAACGCAUAGUUGAGAUAAGGAAUGAAUUUUGUAAUUUUGUUCAUGUUUGUACAACAUUUAGUUUCUGAAACGAGAAGGUAAAAAUAAAAGAAUGUUGUUAAAUGAAAGUGAACAAAUUU